AUGAAGAUAAUUUGUUUAAAUACGAACUUGCACGCUUAUUAUUCCAUUGUCGUUCAGAAAAAAAUUUGUAUUGACAGAGAUUAUCAACGCAGACAGAAUUAUCCUCGCAGUGGAUUCUCUGAUAUCAAAUGCGUUGAAACUUUUCUAGAUGGAAAGUGCGAUAAUGAUUACGAUUGCAUGAAAAUAAAACACUCAGAAUGUUCAAUUAAUAACGUAUGUUCUUGUAAGAAUAAUUAUGUUCAAUUUAAUAAAACAACAUGUGGGAUACCCAUUUGGGGGCCUUGUUCAAAAAAUGAAGAUUGCACUGUUAUUAAUUCGCGUUGCAAAGAUAAUGUUUGUCAAUGUAAACCUGGUGAUGUAUCAAAACUUCCCAAUAACACUGUAUGUACACUACGAUUAGAUAAAUUUUGUAUUACUGACAUCCACUGCGAGGAUAAUUCUGUCUGCGUUGAUAAUCUCUGUCAAUACAAAUUUUUUUCUGAACGACAAUGGAAUAAUAAGCGUGCAAAAAAUUUGGGACAAAAUUGCACAAUUGAUCAGGAAUGUUUGCAUAACUCGCAUGCUGAAUGUUCAAUAGAUAAGAUUUGUGUCUGUGGAGAAAAUUAUCAUGAAUUUAAUGAGACACUUUGCUUGCCGCUGCUUGGUGGAUUUUGUUCCAAUGAUGAAGACUGUUAUUUUGUUGAUAAUUCUUAUUGUCGUGAUAGAGAAUGUCGAUGCAGACUUCACUACGAGUCGCUUUUAAAUGAUCAAUGCCUAGCAUUAUAUUUGAAUCAAGCUUGUAAAUACGAUAGUGAUUGUGAUCGAAUAGAAAAUUCAACAUGUUCGAAGGAUAAAAAAUGUGUUUGUCAAGCGAAUCACUCAGCUUUUGGUGAGAACCAAUGUUUAGCUCACAUUGGAGAAUUUUGUUUCAACACUGAUAAUUGUGUUUCUAAACCAGUUACUGUUUGUAUUAAUAAUAAAUGUCAAUGCAUUGAUAAAUUUAUUUCACUUCAGUCUAAGGAUAAUUGUAUUCCAAUCAUAUUGGGCGCACCCUGUAAAGAUCAUAGAGAUUGCAACAUAAUAAAAAAUGCUAAAUGCUCUGAAAAUAAUAUUUGUGUUUGUCGUAAUAAUUAUUAUGCUUUGGAUGAAGUUUCAUGCGGACCUUCCAUAAAUGAAUCAUGUUCGAAUGAUGAUGAUUGUAUGGAUGAUGAUUGCUUCCCAAGUUUUUUGGAAUGUAUUAAUAACAAGUGUCAAUGCAAAUCUGGUUUUGCUCCUGAAUCUGAUACAGAAUGCGUACCAGGUCACUUGGGAGCGGAUUGCCAAAAAAACUACCAAUGUAGCGGUGGUGUAAAUCAUUCAUAUUGUAGCCUGCUAGAGAAGAAAUGUGUUUGUAAGAAAGGCUAUUUUCAGAGUAAAGGAAUAUGUAACCCAAAUGUGAACGUUUCUUGCUCUGACACUGACAUAUGUUCAGUUAAAGGAUCUGUUUGCAUUAAUAAUGUGUGUCAAUGCAAGUCUGAAUACCAGUAUGAGAAUUUUCAAUGCUUCUCAAAUCGGUUAGAAACACCGUGUGACAAUAAUAAUGAUUGUAUCAAAAUAAAGAACUCUGUUUGUUCGAUUUACAAAUUAUGUGUUUGCGAAGAUAAUUAUGGGAGCGUCAAUGAAACAACAUGCAAGCCACUAAUUUCAGAAUUUUUUUCAACAAAUAAAUCAUGUAUUAAUCCUAAUUCGAUUUACAUUGAUAACGAGUGUCAAUGCGCACCUGGUUACUUUCCUAAAAUGAAUAAUACAGUGUGCGUGCUAUUAUUAGGUAGCAACUGUUUGACUAAUGAACAAUGUUGGCCAAACUAUUCUGUAUGCACUAAUAACAUAUGUGAAUGCGAUUGCUCAACUAUUGAAAUAUCAAAUGACAAAUGUGCAGUACCUUUAGGAUCUGAGUGUUUGAUGGAUGAAGAUUGUCAAGAAAUUGUACACGGACAAUGUUCAGAUGAUUAUAUAUGUGAUUGUGAAGAAAAUUAUAGUCAAUUGAACGAAAUAGCUUCAUAUUUUGCUACAUUACCGUGCCAAAACGAUGAAAAUUGCUCUGAACUUGUAGAAUAUACUGCAUGUAGUACGGAAAACAAAUGUGAAUGUAAAAAUAAUUACAUUCCACUACAUGAUUCAAAAUGCGCAGCUAUCAAGUUGUACGAACAUUGUCACGAAGACAGUGAUUGCGCGGUUGAAAAUUCUUGGUGUAUUGAUAACAAAUGUCAAUGCAUUAAUGGUCUUGAUAAGUUCAACAUUAGCUGUAAAGUUCCAUUGGGUAAACACUGUCAAAGUAACUACGAUUGUAAAACUAUAAAAAACUCGGUUUGUUCUUCUAAACAUAAUAUAUGUGUUUGUGACGAAAAAAAUGUUGCAUUGAAUUUAUUCGAAUGUGCGCCAAUUAUCGGUGGAUUUUGUACCAGUGAUAAGGAUUACCGAUUUAGUUCGUCUUACUGUUUUGAAAACAAAUGCAAAUGCUCACCUGGUUUUGCAGCUGUUUCUAUUACUGAGUGUACAAGAGAACAAUCCUUGUAUUCUUGCAAUGAAAAUUCAGAUUGCAGUGAUGCAUGGCAAACCAAAUGUUCAAAAGACAAAUUAUGUAUUUGUAAUUUAAAUAAUACUGUAGAAAAUUAUCCGUCAUGUUUAACUCACUUGGAUGGUUAUUGCUGGAAAGAUGAUCAAUGCGUAGCGCCAAAUUCGAGGUAUUUUGAUUACAAUUGUAAAUGCCAACUUAAUUAUCUGGUUGUUGCGAAAAAUCUUUGUGUACCAAUUCGAAGUUGA